AUGGCUCAAGAGUCUGUGAACUGCAAAAUCCAGGCUGGGAAGGUGGUUGUGUUCAUCAAGCCCACCUGGCCAUUCUGCAGCAGGCCCCAAGAGAUCCUCAGUCAAUUGCCCAUCAAACAAGGGCUUCUGGAAUUUGUCGAUAUCACAGCCACCAGCCACACUAAUGAGAUUCAAAAUUAUUUGGAACAGCUCACGGGAGCAAGAACGGGACCUCGAGUCUUUAUCGGUAAAGAUUGUAUAGGCAGAUCCAGUGAUCUAGUCAUUAUGCAAUAGAAUAGGGAACUGCUGAUGCGACUAAAGCAGAUUGGAGUUUUGCAGUAACUACAGAGCAGGCCACACUCUGACUUCCCUCCUCAAGAGCUGGAUAGCAUUGCACAUGAUGACAGCACUUCCUGGUGGAUGAAUUUGGGGGGCACAAACAGCUUUUUUCUUCUUUUGGCUCAGUAUUUAAGAGUGGAUCAACUUGCUCUUAACCACGGGGCCAAGAAGGUUGACAGGCCAUCUUGGUUUUCUUCUUGAUGUGCUCUUUGGUUUUCAGAAGACUGUGACACAUUCUGGCCUAGGAUUCGCCCACUGACCCUCAAUUGUUCUUUCUCUUUGGCACUCGUUUCUUACUGUUCUCCGUGUGUCGGCAUGCCUCUGCCUCUAAGCCAGUGUUUUUCAAGUAUGUUUAUACAGACUCCUUCUCUACAAUGAUGAAUCCAUGGUUGGUUUUCUGCUACUGCCUAUUAGCUGAAGUCAUUUUUCUGCUUGACUUUAUGGAGUUGGUGUUAUGAAAUCAGUGGGUAUUUUGAAUGUGUUCUUUCAAACUACAUGCAUCUCUCCAGAGACUCAACCCCACACCAUCCCAUCCCACCUUGAGAAUCACUGCUCUGAGCCAGUGUUGUCCACCUUGUCCUCUCACAGAUCUCAUAGGAAAUGGUCAACAAUUCUGUGAAAGAUUCUGUGAAAGAUCUCAGGACCCAACUGGAGAAAUCAUAUGAAAAGUUAAGCAUAGUUGGUCUUGCUGUCACAUGGAUCAGAGGCACAAGUGCAGAGGCUAUAGUCAUGUUGAACUCUGUUAUUUAAGAUGGCCAUCCAUAUAAUCCUGAACACUGUGUAUUUAUUUGAUUUAGAGUACCAGCAAAAAUUA